AUGGCAACAGCACGUGCUUAUCAUACUGCAACCCUACUCAAUUCGGGAAAAGUUCUUGUCAGUGCUGGUUACGGAUUGGUCGCUUAUCUUGCUAGUUCUGAAAAAUAUGAUCCAUCAACGGACCAAUGGAACUCUGCAUCCAACAUGACAACAGCACGUUAUCAUCAUACUGCAGUCCUGCUCAACUCAGGCAAAGUUCUUGUUAGUGCUGGUUACGGAUGGCCCGGUUAUCUUGCUAGUUCUGAAAUAUAUGAUCCUUCAGCGGACCAAUGGAACUCUGCUACAAGCAUGGCAACAGCACGUUAUUAUCAUACUGCAAUCCUGCUCAAUUCGGGCAACGUUCUUGUUAGUGCUGGUUACGGAUGGCCCGGUUAUCUUGCUAGUUCUGAAAUAUAUGAUCCUUCAGCGGACCAGUGGAACUCUGCUACAAGCAUGGCAAUAGCACGUGCGUUUCAUACUGCAACUCUGCUCAAUUCGGGGAAAGUUCUUGUCAUUGGGGGUGCGGAAUCCUCCAGUCUUCUUGCUGGUUGUGAAAUAUAUGAUGCAUCAACAGACGAAUGGAACUCUGCAUCAAACAUGACAACAGUACGUACGUUCCAUACUGCAACCCUGCUCAAUUCGGGCAAAGUUCUUGUCACUGGGGGUACGGAAGUUGCUAGUUGUGAAAUAUAUGAUCCAUCAACAGACGAAUGGAACUCUGCAUCAAACAUGACAACAGUACGUGCGUUCCAUACUGCAACCCUGCUCAAUUCGGGCAAAGUUCUUAUCACUGGUGGUCUCACUCCAUCAGGCGUUUUUCUUGAGAGUUCGGAAAUAUAUGAUCCAUCAACGGACCAAUGGAACUCUGCUGCAAGCAUGGCAGUACCACUUGCGUAUUAUACUGCAACCCCGCUCAGUUUGGGCAAAGUUCUUAUCACUGGUGGUAUCACUCUAGACACUUUUCUUGCUAGUUCUGAAAUGUACGAUCCGUGA